ACCAACUCUGUAUUAAUGCCCAUGAUUUUGGAGAUGUUCGACAAGCAGGUGUCCACAUACUUUUGUAGUGUAUCUAGUUGUGAGAAUGGGAGAUAGGUUCCCAAUCUUGGCUAGCUAAAGCCAACUUCAUAAAAUUGCUAGGUGGCUAGUAGUAUUACAGUAUAUAUUAAAAACAGUCUAUAUUUAGUAUUUUUAAACAUGUGCCCGUGCGCGCCCUAUGAUUGCUUUCCCACUUGGUCAUUCUGCAACAUGCUUAUGUGUCUAGUGACUUUAGGGAUGCGUAAAGCUUGAUUCAUUCCCAGAAAUGAUUUUUUUUCUCAAAUUCUGGAACAGUUAUCUCCAAUGGGCAGAUUCUGUGUAUAGACAGAGAAAUAUUUGACUUCUGGAUUAACAGAGAUUACUGGAACAGUAAAGUUUGUGAGAACCUAGAAGUUAACUAUGACCUCAUAUUAGAAUCCCAGCAAAAACCUGAGAACUUGCACAGUGUAGUCCUCAGGCCUAGUGGGCUACUGGGUUUCCCAAACUAUGAACAUGUGAGUUUUUAAUUUCCCUGUAUUUAGUCAGUUGUCAGUAUGAUAUGUCACUCAAAGCACAGAACUCAUUCAAACACCACUGAUAUAGUUGAUUUGGGUAGUUUCACAUGGAUAGUAACAUUCUGUGCAUGAAAUCUGCUCUUCUGGAUUACAGAGUUAUUGGCCUUUACAUGCUUGGCUUAUUGCCUUUGUGUUCGCUAGGCAGGGUUUUUUGCAGGACAUGCAGGAGCAGAUGGGGAAACUGACAGACCUCCUAAAGGAUGAACGGCGGUCCCACCAGCACAGCUGCCGUGCGGUGAGAUAUCUAGAUAGUUUCUCCAACAUGGGGACCUCUGACUCCUUCUAACUUCAUCAUGUCUCUGUUUCACAGCUGUUGGACGAAGCAGAGCGGAGAGCUGAGAGAGUUAGGCAGCAGCAGCAACAGGAGAUAGAGUAGGUUUAUGCCCCACACAGCUAGCAGAGGUGGCGUCCUUUCAUGCUCGACUGUCAAAUUGGAAUAAGGUCCUUUGACGAAGAGGUGAUUCCCAGUCACCACUUCUCUCUGACUUACAGGCAGCUAAUGCAGGCCCACAGAUCAGAGAUCAGUGCUUUAGUGACCCUCCAUACCAAGACUCUGGAGGGGGAGAAGGGCUGUGCAGAGGAGAGAUGUGCCCUGCUGGAGAAAGAGUAUGACUUCCUCAAAAGCUCCUUCCGCACAUACAAGGACAGUAUAUUUGAGGAGAUGCGUAGCAGCUGGCUAAGGAAGGAGAACAGCUGGAAAGAGGAGCAGGAAAGGCAUCUCAUGGACCAACUGAUGCAUUCACGUGAGCAGCUGAACAAAAGUGAGCAGGAAAAGGAUAACCAAAGAAAGGCCUUUGAGGCAGAAAUGGCAGAACUCCAGGCCAGGUUUGAGGAGGAGAUACAGGUACUAGCUGGUGAGCUGACAGAGAAGGAUGUAACCAUCAGUUUGUUGAGAACAGCUUAUCACCAGACACAAGAGCAACUGGAUAUUGUGACCUGUCGUAUGUCAGACUUCGGGAAAAACCCAAGCCAGCUUGGACCAAGACGCAUGUCAUGCAUCACGCAAGAACCAACAGAGCCAUAGUGCAACUCAUGACCACUCCAAUACAUGUUUGACCAUAUUUUUUAUUCUUCCGUCAUAGAAUUUGUCUUAAAUGUGUUGUAUGACAUGUGGUGUCAAGGAGUACACUGUGAUGUAUUGAAACAGCAGCAACAACAAAAUUAUCUAUAUUGAUUGAAAAUGUUAUUUUGUAUUCAUUU